UUGGUGGAGGUGAGGGGUGUCUGCAGUGACUCGGCUCAGGGAGGUACCCAUUGUUGUCUUCACUGACAACAGACUUGCCUGUUUAAAACCAUAUCGUAACCUGUUUGCUUUACAUGGCCCUCACUGCGAGCACCUGGAAACUUAUGCCUAGCUCUGGUGCUGUAGCAAUGAUUUCCUCCUCGGCACGGCUGGCUGGAGAAAAUGAAGUGGAGUCUUGUAUAUUAAAAUUUCCAGAUUUGGAUCUGAAAGAAUCUGUUCCUCUCACAUCCAAACCUAGGCUGAAAGUGGAAUUAGAUGCCAGUGUGAGAAAGAAGUAUGCAUUUGCAAAGAAGAAGGCAUUUGCCCUCUUUGUUAAAACGAAGGAAGUGCCAGCCACAGCUAACUGCCCUUCGUCCAUCUGCGGGGAGGGAGCAUGGUGGAAAUGCUGCAGGCAGAUGUUCAAAGACCUCUCCAGCAUUCACAGACACAUAGCUACGCAGCAUGUCAGUGACAUCAGGCAACAAACAGGUUUGAUUUUAAAGCAGUUGGCUGCUGAAGCUAGCACCUCAAGUAACCCAGCUUCUGUGGACAAGGCCAUUAGGCUAAACGGUCCCACUUGUAACAACCCUGAGAUAUCUGUUAGGCUCCCAGACACAAGCCACAUUAGCUUUGAUGAACUAACAAGUGACAUGGGAGAGGUGCUGUUAUAUUACUGCUACUGUGAAGUGAAAGACCCAGAGAGGCUUUGCGUUUGGCAGAAGGCUCUGUGCCAACACUUGCAUAUCACUGGCAAGGUGCGGAUUGCUUCAGAAGGAAUUAAUGGGACAGUGGGCGGAAGCAAAGUAGCUACAUGUCUUUAUAUAGAAGCAGUGCUUUCCCAUCCUCUGUUCAGAAACAUUUUGUGUAGAGAGGAUUUCAAGAGCAGUGCAGGAGGAGCACACUGUUUCCCAGGCCUUCGAGUAGAUGUGUUUGAAGAAAUUGUACCCAUGGGCAUUGAUCCAAACAAAGUCUCCUACAAAGAAACUGGAAUCCAUAUGUCACCUCAGGAAUUUCAUAAAGAAGUGGAAAAAUAUUUAUCUCAGGCUAAUCAAGCACAAAGUGACACCAUUUUACUGGAUUGUAGGAACUUCUAUGAAAGCAAAAUAGGACGCUUCCAGGGUUCUCUGGCUCCUGAUAUCAGGAAGUUCAGCUACUUCCCCAACUAUGUGGACAAAAAUCUAGAGCUGUUUAAAAACAAGCGAGUACUUAUGUAUUGCACUGGAGGGAUUCGCUGUGAAAGGGGCUCUGCUUACCUCCGGACUAAGGCCAUGUGCACGGCAGUUUACCAGCUAAAGGGCGGCAUCCAUAAGUACUUGGAAGAAUUUCCAGAUGGGUUCUACAGGGGGAAGCUGUUUGUAUUUGAUGAACGUUACGCUAUCUCUUCCAACAAAGAUGUCAUUUCAGCAUGCAGAUACUGUGGUGCAUUGUGGGACCAGUACAGAAUUUGCUCCAGCCAGCACUGCCGGCAGCUUGUCCUGACAUGCUUGAGCUGUCGAGAGAAAGGCUUCACAGCUUGUUGUUCUGUUUGUCAAGAGAAAGGGCUUAAGUUGGCUUCACGGUCUUCUAGCCCAGUGUUCAAGGAAGAAUGUGAAUGUACAGACCAACGGCAGCAGGUACCAGUAGAAUACAUCUAACAGCAUCUCUGGUGCAGUGGAGUUCCCCUUUGUAGUGUAGUUGGUGUUUACACUUCCACAUAGGGGCUGCACCUCCCAGGGUCAGAUGUCCAUUUUCAGUCAUUUUAAUCACAGUUUGGGCAUUCAGAUGCCUCAGGUGGCACCAAAGAUCUCAGCCCUAAUCUAAUCUGCACUUGGGCUAGGUUGCACCAAUAAUACCCUCCCCUGCCUGAGUAUAAAUUAGCAAAGUAUCAUAUCAAACAAUGGUGCUAUACCACUCUUAUUGUUUUGUUUUUUUGAAGUGAAGUUAUUUUUCUGCCUCCUACAAUAUGAUGGUAUCCCAUGAUGAAUGGUUGCCUACAACCAGAAGAAAAC